AAUUUUUUUUAAAAAUAAGAAAAACAGAGAGGAAAGACCCAUUUUUUAAAAAAAAUGAAAAAAACUUGAAAGGGAGAGAGAAAAGAGGAGCAAAAUGGCAAGCUAUGCACCACUCAAAGAAACCCAAUAUCUGUUAUAGCCAAUGAAAUCGCUCUUCUCAAUAUCCUUUAUGCACAUUUGGCACUCUUUUUUCUUCAUUUUAUCAUAAAAAUCAUAUCCUACACAACCAUCUAUCAUCAAAACGAAGAACAUAACCAUAAAUAAAUAAAUAGAACCAAAAUCAUCAAUCCCAAAAGCAAGUUUUGAUUUUUUUUAAGAAAAAAAAUAAAAAAAAAAGAAAAAUAGAGGAGGUUGUAAAAGACUGUGGAAGAGAGGUUCCAACUCUUACAACCUCUUGUUUUGCAAACUGUCCUAGGUUUUUUAUAUUUCAUCCUCUUGGUUGUUUCAUCUCCUUCUUUUAUCUUAUAGCUGGCAGUUUUUUAAGAGUGUCGUGAAGGAGAUUUAACUUACAAGAGAGCAAUUUUGUUUAGCCUAGUCACCUACAUAAUAUGCAGUUGAAGAAUUAUAUAAAUUUUUUUUAAAUCGAUAAGCUUGUUAAGUUGUGUGAUGGUAAUUGUACCAACGUGAGAAGAAUCGGUAUGAUGGCCACAGCUGCUGUGAUUGGUCUUAGCACUGGAAAGAGACUCUUGAGUUCUUCCUUUUCUUAUUCUGAUAUCAUAGAGAAGCACUCAUAUGCCAGUGAUUACGGAUCUUCGCAGUAUCAAACUUCUUACACAAAAAGUUUAAUAGUUGCAAAAAAAUCAUCAAAUUGUAGUCAAAGUCUUCCAUCAUCCAAUCGGCCUACUCAGUCAAUUAAAGCUUUUAAAGAGCAUGUGGAUACUACCUCCGGUAUUUCAACUGCAGAGCCCUGGUUUCGGGGAUCCAAUGACUUAGAAGAAGAAAACCAUGAUCUUGACUACUCUGUGGAGGCUCUUCUUUUGCUUCAGAAGUCUAUGCUGGAAAAGCAAUGGACUCUUUCUUUUGAGAGGACAGUGUUCACUGAAUCACCAUGUAGAAAAACCUACAAGAAAAUACCUGUUACUUGUUCUGGGGUGUCUGCUCGGCAACGGAGAUUCAAUACCAAGAGGAAAAUUCUGAAUCAAAAUAAAUCAAUGAUACAACCUAAUGCUAAGCAGCUAAGAUCCUUGAUCAGUCCAGAGCUGCUUCAAAGUCGUUUGAAGGGUUAUGUGAAGGGUGUAGUAAGUGAAGAUUUGCUCAGCCAUGCAGAAGUUGUGCGCUUGUCAAAGAAAAUUAAAGCUGGACUUUCCUUGGAGAAGCAGAGAUUAAGAUUGAAGGAGAGAUUGGGGUGUGAGCCAUCUGAUGAACAACUUGCAGCUUCCUUGAAGAUUUCUCGUGCUGAGUUACGGUCAAAGUUAAUUGAAUGUUCUUUGGCAAGAGAAAAACUGGCAAUGAGCAAUGUUCGUUUGGUUAUGUCGAUUGCUAAAAGAUAUGAUAACAUGGGUGCUGAAAUGUCUGAUCUUAUUCAGGGUGGUUUGAUUGGACUUUUGCGUGGCAUUGAAAAAUUUGAUUCUUCAAAGGGAUAUAAAAUUUCAACUUAUGUGUACUGGUGGAUACGUCAGGGUGUUUCUAGAGCAUUAGUUGAGAACUCAAGAACAUUAAGAUUGCCAAUGCAUUUGCAUGAAAGAUUAGGACUAAUCCGAAAUGCAAAAAAUAGACUGGAAGGGAAAAGAAUAACACCAACUAUUGAUAGGAUUGCCGAAAGUCUGAACAUGUCUCAGACGAAAGUUAGGAAUGCUACGGAGGCAGUCAGUAAGGUCUUCUCCCUUGACAGGGAUGCAUUCCCCUCUUUGAAUGGUCUUCCCGGGGAGACUCAUCAUAGUUACAUUGCAGAUAACCAUGUAGAAAACAUUCCAUGGCAUGGAGUAGAUGAGUGGGCUCUUAAGGAUGAAGUGAACAGACUCAUCACUGUAACUCUUGGAGAACGAGAAAGGCAGAUUAUACGCCUUUAUUAUGGUCUAGAUGAGGAAAGUCUUACAUGGGAGGACAUCAGUAAACGCAUAGGUUUGUCCAGAGAAAGAGUUAGGCAAGUUGGACUUGUCGCACUAGAGAAACUAAAACACGCGGCAAGGAAGAAAAAAUUGGAGGCUAUGCUAGUGAAACAUUGAUUUUGUAUCCUUCAAGAUUCACAUGGUAAAAAUGACUGUAUAUAUACAGAAAAAGGAAAAAUUGUAUCUGCGAAUUAUUUUUCCUAUCAACAGUAACUAUAGAAGGUCAGGGUAAGGGCCUCGUGACCCUAAACUUCCUAUAUCAUGAGUUUUGAGUUACAACAAACUGAUCAAGAUCUUGUUAGUUGGAGCAAAAUAUUUUUAUUUAUUUAUUAUAUUUAUGGAGACAAAAUAACUGGUUUUGCAUAAAAUUUUUUCUGUAGUAAUGAUGAUAAACAAGUAGUUUCAAUGCAGA